AUGAGAAAACAGGAGGAGGAGAGGAUGAGGAGACUGGAGGAAGAGGAGAGAGAGAGACAGGAGGAUGAGAGGAUGAGGAGACUGGAGGAGGAGGAGGAGAGAGAGAGACAGAAAACUGGUCUAGCUCAUCUGAGGAUAGUUCUGGUGGGGAAGACUGGAGCAGGGAAGAGCGCAACAGGAAAUACCAUCCUGGGUGGGGAGGGGUUUAAAGAAGACUCCUCCCCUGAGUCUGUGACUGCUCAGUGUGAGAAACAGAGUGGAGAGGUGGGUGGAAGGAAGAUUGAUGUGAUUGACACGCCGGGACACUUUGACACGUCAGUGACUAUAGAGAAAAUGAAAGGUGAACUAGAACGGUGCUUCUACAUGUCUGUCCCAGGACCCCAUGUGUUCCUGCUGGUGAUCAGACUGGGGAGGUUCACAGAGGAGGAGAGGAACACUGUGAAGUGGAUCCAGGACAACUUUGGAGAAGAAGCCUCAACGUACACUAUGGUGCUGUUCACUGGAGGAGACCAGCUGAGGAAAAAAUCUGUUGAGCAGUUUGUAGGAGAAAGUGUUAACCUCCAGGAUCUCAUCAGCAAAUGUGGAGGUGGAUAUCACUCUGUCAUCAAUGACAGUGACAGUAGCGCCAACCCUGACCAAGUCCCAGAGCUGCUGAAGAAGAUAGAGGAGAUGGUGAAGAGGAACGGAGGACAACACUACACCAACGAGGUGUACCAGAAGGUCCAGAGGAAGAUCGAAGAGGAGGAGGAGAGGAAGAGAGAGGAGGAGAGGAAGAAAAAAGAGGAAGAAAUGAAGAAACAAGAGGAGGCGAUCAGGAAGCGGGAAGAGGAGGUGAGGAGAGAGGAGGAAAUAAAGAGAGAGGAGGAGUUGAGGAAGAUAGAAGAGGAGAGACAGGAGGAGAGGAGGAAGGCGGAAGAGGAGACGAGGAAGAUGGAAGAGGAGAGACAGGAGGAGAGGAGGAAGAUGGACGAAGAGAUGAGGAAGAUUGAAGAGGAGAGGGGGAAGAUGGAAAAUGAGAGGGAGAAGAUGGAAAAGAAGAGGAGCAGGAGAAAUUGGUUCGAACGGCUUUUUAACCUUUAACCUUGUUGUGGCCAGCACCAUGUCCUAACCCACUGAAUGGAACUGUGUGUACUUUCAUCUUUAUACAAACAUUAACCAGACAUUUAACAUCAUUACAUGACAUAAUCAUACCAAUCUUCAACUUUCCAAUACUAAUCAUACCAAUCUUCAACUUUCCAAUACUAAUCAUACCAAUCUUCAACUUUCCAAUACUAAUCAUACCAAUCUUCAACUUUCCAAUACUAAUCAUACCAAUCUUCAACUUUCCUUUCACAUUAAAUCCCUGUUCUUCAAUAAAUACAAAAACAUGCUGAUUAUUA